AUGGAGAACAGCAUGAAUGCCACCGACAACGAGCAGCAGCAGCAGCAGCAGCAGCAGCAGCAGCAGCAGGAAGAGGGCGUCAUGCCGUCCCAAGCUCCAAGCUCCCCACGUGCUCAGCGGCCACAGAACACGCGGGUCCGGCUGGCCGUCCCUUCUCCCGUGGACGCCACCGUGGCAGAGGGCUCCUCCUCCUCCUCCUCCUCCUCAGCAGCCACAACCACGGCCACAACCACGGCCACGGCCGCCAUGCAGGUGCCAGGCACCAACCCACAGGUCCAGCCGAGCACGGCUGCAGGCGUCGGUGUCACUGAGGAUGCAUUUGACAGCAUGUGCACAACAGCCGCCGCCACAAUGCAGCCCACAGUGAGCAAGAAUGUGCGGCCCACGGUGAGCAAGAAGAAGCAGCUCCCUCCGGACCACAUCUACUCCUGGAAGGACAGGCUCAUGGGCCAUUGCACAGGAAAAGAGCUCAUCCAGCACAUGAACCGGCAGAGGCUGGAAGCCGAGCAACGCCGGGCCGCCAGCAGCAGUGGCACUCCGCACAAGCCCCCGGAGUCAAGUGCCAGCAGUGCCAGCAGUGCCAGAAGCGCAGCGCAGGUGCAUCUCGGGCCCACCAGGAGCGUGGCCAACUCCACACGCAGGGGCAUUCCAAAGCGCUGCAACAGCGACAACUACAAGUGCCGCCCCCGCGCUCCCGUCCGGCCGCUGCUGAGGAAGAUCCCCAUGCACCUCAUCAAGAAGCGCGAGGAAGAUGAGCGGUACUACGCCAACCUCUCCUCCGACGAAGACAACGAAGACAGCAACAGCACCGCCAGCGGCGACGAGGAUCCCGGCAAUGGCGACGACAAUGCUGGCUCAUCCGGUGACGCCGAUGGUGGCUCCGCAUUGUGCUGA